AUGAACUUAAAAUCAAAUCACAACACCAACAGGUACAUCAGGGACACUCCGGCACUGAAGACACCCCGGUUUGAAAUUCCACCCAUUGUGAAUGAGACUGCAAAGAAGUCCUUGUUUUUUGCAUCCAAGUACGAGGGAACAGAAGGCUAUUUUGGAGAGUUAAAGAAACACCGAUUUCUCAUUAGCCCUCCUGGCAACGGUCUUGAUACGCAUUCAACGUGGGAAGCGCUUUUAUGUGGUUGUGUACCAAUUGUUCCGCAUUCUGCUCUGGAUCCUGUGUAUGAAGAUCUGCCUGUAUGGCUUGUCAACAGCUGGGACGAAGUCACGGAUGCGAGUGUGAAAGAGAAAGAAGAGUACUUCAAGAAGAAUGCCAACACAUACAAGUGGGAGAAGCUCUAUCGGUCGUACUGGGAAGAAAGGAUAUAUGAUGGUCUCUGUACAGUCUAA